GAGCAUUACAAGGACCUACAGUCCAAACCAUUCUUCCCCAAGCUGAUUGACUACAUUACCUCUGGUCCUGUUGUCUGUAUGGCCUGGGAGGGUGUUGGUGUUGUAGCAUCUGCCCGUAAGCUAAUAGGAGCAACUAAUCCACUUAACGCGGAGCCCGGCACAAUCAGAGGAGACCUUGCUGUUCAAACUGGAAGAAAUGUGGUGCAUGGAAGUGAUAGCCCUGACAAUGGCAAGCGUGAAAUAGCGCUUUGGUUUGGAGAAGGUGAACUGUGCUCAUGGACACCAGUUCAAGAACCUUGGUUGAUCGAAUAAUGUCGCAAGGAGAUAUGAUUUCCAUCAUUAGAAUUGAAGGUUUCAGUUUCACUAACCUGAAAGAGAUGGAUGAAUUCUAUUUUGUAAGAAUAUUACUCUGCCAUUGUAAUAAACUUUCUAUUUAAAGAGAGAAGUGUGUUUGUAAUGCUACAAGAAAAGCAAUUUUAACGGUUCAUUAGAAGAGCUUUAUUAGCUUCUCGUUCCAA